CAGCUGGGCUCGCAGCGCUCCGCUCCAGUCUGGUAAGAAGCUUCAUCUCCAAAUAGGAUGACCGUCGGCUUUUGUGGAGGGGACUGAAUUCUGCGCUGUAGCUAGUUCUGGGACACCCGUUUUUUUCAGUUUACGAGAGAGGAGUUUGUAAUCCGAAACAUUGUUUUUUCUCUCUAGGUUGGUUUUCCAAUGGAUAUUCCGAUUUGAAGAGGUGUGAUUUGAGAGAGGCAUGUAACAAAAAGAAGCGCAUGAGAAAAGUAGCGCUCGUAUUGUUAUUCUGACCGAGCACCGUCUGAACCGCUUUGAGAGCCAUACCUCAUGGAUUACUAAAAGAUAUAGCUGUAAAAACUCCGAGGCAUAUCCAUUCAUGAGCUGAAGGCUGAGGUAAAUCUUUAGCACCAGCAGAGGACCAGCAGUAGCAGCAGCAGCAGCAGCAGUGUUGGUGCGACCAUGAGGUCAGAGGCCUUGUUACUCUACUUCACGCUACUGCAAUUAGCCGGGGCGGGUUUCCCCGAAGACAGCGAGCCUAUUAGCAUCUCACACGGCAACUACACAAAACAGUAUCCAGCGUUUGUUGGCCACAAACCUGGCAGGAACAACACGCAGCGGCACAAACUGGACAUCCAGCUCAUCAUGAUCAUGAACAGGACGUUAUACAUUGCUGCCAGGGAUCACAUAUACACGGUGGACACAGACGCUGCCAACAGUGAUGAGAUCUUUUUCAGCAAGAAAAUGACAUGGAAGUCCAGACAGGCUGAUGUGGACACUUGCAGAAUGAAAGGGAAACACAAGGACGAGUGUCACAAUUUCAUCAAAGUCCUCCUGCAGCAAAAUGAAGACACCUUGUUUGUUUGUGGAACUAAUGCUUUCAACCCGUCCUGCCGAACCUACAAGCUGGACACCCUGGAGGCACUGGGAGAGGAGAUCAGUGGGAUGGCACGCUGCCCAUAUGACGCCAAGCACGCCAAUGUCGCCCUCUUUGCAGGUGGCAGGCUGUACUCGGCCACCGUAACGGACUUCCUAGCGAUCGAUUCGGUCAUCUAUCGUAGCCUGGGAGACAGUCCGACUCUGCGCACUGUCAAACACGACUCCAAAUGGCUGAAAGAGCCUUACUUUAUCCAGGCAGUCGAUUACGGGGACUUCAUCUACUUCUUCUACCGGGAAAUUGCUAUGGAGUACAACACAAUGGGAAAGCACAAUGUCAGGUAUCGUCUUACUCGCAUUGUGGUGGACAAUGAGGCGGGUCCCUAUAAUAACCACACAGUAGUCUUCCUGGGAUCUGAGAAAGGCAUCAUUGUCAAGUUCCUGGCCAACAUGAACAGCGGCAUCCUGAACGAUAGCCUGUUUCUGGAGGAGCUUAAUGUCUACAACCCUGACAAGUGCAGUAUAGAUGGUGUGGACGACAAGCGUAUCAUUGGCAUGCAGAUAGACAGCAAGAUUCACGCGUUGUGGGUCGCUUUCUCCUCCUGUGUUGUUAAAGUGCCGCUCUCUCGCUGUGAAAGACAUGGAAGAUGCAAGAAGUCUUGCAUAGCCUCCAGAGACCCGUACUGUGGUUGGGUUUCAGAAGGAGCCUGCAAACAGGUUGUCGGCAACAUCAAAUCAGCCUUUGAGCAGGACGUGGAGCAGGGUAACACAGAUGGCCUGGGAGACUGCCAAAACACCUUUGUGGCGCUGAACGACGUUCCCUCCAGUUACGAAGGCCACCAUCACCGCCACCAUCCUCACACCCUCUCACUGCCCACCUCGGCCCUACCCGAGGCCGCCGAGGUCCCCCUGGGGCGGGGCCGCAUGGUUGAGCGGAAGGACCCCCCCAUGAGCUCAGACAAAGGGGAGGACCCCUACGUAGCCGUGCCCUCUCAGACUCAGCCAGAAGCCAAUGCUGACGAGGUGUAG